AUGAAGUGGCUACGCUCUGAAGCGAUGGAGUACGUGUCGCUGAUCAUCCACGAAGACGCGGCCCAUGACUGCAUCACGAUGCUUGGUGACCUCGGUGUCGUCGAGUUCACGGACCUCAACCCGGAGCUCACGCCAUUUCAGCGUCGGUACGCCUCGUACAUCCAGCGAUGCAACGAGAUGGACCGCAAGCUUCGCUGCUUCAUGCUCGAGAUGACUAAGUUCAAGAUCUCGGCCAAGAGCGCAGACAGCGUCGACUCGGGCUCACCUGAUGUGUGCUGCGGCAGUCCAGACACGACGGUACGGGCUCUCAACAGUAUCGAGCGCAUCCUCGAGGACAAGGAACAAGAGCUCCUCCAGCUCAACUCGAUGCACGAAAAGCUCACGCGCGAGUACAACGAGCGCAAGGAGCUUCAGGAGAUCAUGUCGCGCAUCGGCGGGCUCGUCGAGACUGAGACCUCGGACGCGAUGCGCGUCAGCUCGCGCAUGGGUAGCAGCAUGACCACUAGUGUCGGCUCGCCGAUGGACGCGUCCGAGUCGGACUUGGCCAUCCGCUUCAAGAACAUCACGGGCGUCGUACCCGCGGACGAGCGCCUCAAGUUUGAGCGUAUGGUGUUCCGUGCGACGCGCGGCAACUGCUUCAUGCGCUUCUCGGCCAUUGACGAGCUCCUCGCCGACCCGGGCACUGGCGUCGCGGUCGAGAAGCACGCGUUUGUGAUCUUUUUCCAGUCGCAGUUUAUCGAGACAAAGCUCCGCAAGCUCUGCGACGCGUUCCACGCCCGUCUGUACACGCUGCCGUCGAUGGACGACCGCACCGCGAUCGCCAACUUGAUCCAGAACAACAACGCGGAGCUCAACCAGAGCUCGCACAUUCUGCGCCGCAACCGCGAGUCGUGCGUACGUCUCUGCCGCGAGCUCGCCGAGCACCACGAGUCGUGGAAGUGGUCGGUGCUCCAGGAGAAGGCCACGUACCACACGCUCAACACGUUCAAGGCGGACGUGAGCGGCAUGCUCCGCGGCGAAGGCUGGGUCGUCAAGGAAGCUUUGGAUCAGGUCCGCCGCGCCGUGGACCGCGCCCACAACGCCAAUGACAAGUCGAUGCCGUCGCUUGUCGACUCGGUGCCCAAGCCGUGGCCGGUCGCGCCGACGUACUUUCAAACCAACAAGUUUACGUCGGCGUUCCAGUCGUUCGUCGAUACGUACGGUGUGCCCCGGUACGGCGAGAUCAACCCCGCGGUCUUCACGGCCGUCUCGUUCCCGUUCCUCUUUGGCGUCAUGUACGGCGGCAUUGGCCACGGCUUUUGUAUCUUCCUCUUUGGCCUGUACAUGAUUGCGACCGAGAAGAUCCUCGAGCGCGGCAAGGUCGGCGAGAUGACGGCGCAGAUCUAUGGCGGUCGCUACAUGAUUACGCUCAUGGGCGUCUUUGCCAUGUACGCGGGCUUUGUCUACAACGAUUUCUUCUCGCUGCCACUCAACCUCUUG